CUCCGCACUUGGAGCGACUGAUUGAUACCGCGCUGCCGGUGUUUACUGUUCCGCGGAGAACGGCGCGUUUUACCACGGUAUUACUGCAGUAAGGGCACUGGGACUCGGACAGCCCCGCGUGCGCGAUGCUCGGCGAGUGGCAGCGCAGCCCAGACACGUGGACCGGUCCUGUCCCGUCGGGAAGAUGAGACUCAUGAGUGGGGAGGGACGGACCGGGGGUCUCUCUGUCGUCCGGUGGCGGGACGCGAUCUCCGCGGACAUGUAGUCGGACCAGGAUGCGCGCGGGAGGCACCACGUCGUCAUGGGUUCGCAGCCCGAAGAGCCGGGACACGCAGGAUGACGUCAAAUCUGCAACGAGAAACUCAAAGAAAGGACUUGAUUCAUGCUUUGAACGUGCAGCUUUGGAAGCCUUUUCUUCUGCAAUGAAGUGUUAAGCUGGAUUCUGCGAAACGUUUCACCACAACUGCAAUCAAGAAUGAGGUUCAAGUACACUGUCUCUUUGGUGUUUAUCGUGGCACUCGUCAUCAUUGAAAAGGAAAACAACAUCAUCUCCAGGGUCUCCGAUAAGCUCACCCCAUGGCAGACUCCUCAGACCCCUCUGCCCUCCAAUGUUUCAGGCCUUGCCCUCUUGAAGCAGAACGGCUCCUACUCAUCUCUUAGCGAGCUGGACUCGGCCUUCAUGCACCUCAAGAGGCGUCUGGAGAACUACACCGAACGCCUGGAAGCCCUCCGGGGUGGGAGGAAGCACAUCCUUUUGAUGACCACCACCAGAACCGGCUCAUCCUUUGUGGGAGAGUUUUUCAACCAGCAGGGUAGUAACAUGUUCUACCUUUUUGAGCCUCUCUGGCACGUGGAGAGGGCCAUGACUCUGGAGAGUGGGGGGACCAACGCCACGGUCUCGGCCAAGGCUUACAGGGAUGUGCUCGAGCAGCUGUUCCUGUGUGACUUCUCCUUGCUGGAGAGCUUCAUUGACCCACCUCCGGUGGACCACAUCACCACGGCCCUGUUCCGUAGGGAGUCCAGCAGCUCCUUGUGCGAGGAGCCUGUGUGCACUCCCUUUGUGAAGAAAGUCUUUGAGCGGUACCACUGCAAGACGCGCCGUUGUGGGCCCCUAAACUUCACGCUGGCUUCAGAGUCGUGCCAUCAGAAGGAGCACCGGGCCAUCAAGACGGUGCGUGUGCGCCAGCUGGAGACGCUGCGCCCGCUUGUGGAGAAUCCCCUUCUCGACAUCAAGUUCAUCCAGCUUGUGCGUGACCCACGGGCCAUCUUGGCCUCCCGAAUGGUGGCCUUCUCGGCCAAAUAUAAGAACUGGAAGAAGUGGGCUGUGGAUGGCGACGUGCCUGUUGAUGACGACGAGGUGAAAAAGCUUAAGGGCAACUGCGACAACGUUCGCAUGUCGGCAGAGGUGGGCCUGAGGCAGCCGGCAUGGCUGCAGCAUCGUUAUAUGCUGGUGCGUUACGAGGACAUAGCCAGGUACCCCAUGCAAAAAGCAGCAGAGAUGUACAGGUUCACUGGGAUACCGUUCACUUCUCAGGUGAAGGAAUGGAUCCUUAAGAAUACGCAAGCUUCAAAGGAAGCCAGCGGCGUCUACUCAACGCAGAAGAACUCUUCGGAGCAGGUGGAGAAGUGGAGGUUUAGCAUCCCGUUCAAGUUGGCCCAAGUGGUGCAGAAGGUCUGCGGGUCCACGAUGAAGCUGUUCGGCUAUCGAUUCGUGAACAAUGAAGCGACGCUAUUGGACAAGUCCAUCAGUUUGCUGGAGGAAAAGACAUUCACGUUCCGAUAGCAGUUCACUGACUGCUCUUCUUCACAACGUCUUCAUUUGCUUGAAGGACAAAACCAAGAAAGUUGGAACAAAGGAAUGAUUCUUUGAUAUUCACAAGUCUAGAGGGACUAAUAAACUGUAUGAAAAAUAUAUGCAGAAAUUAUGUAGGGAGUCAAAAUCAGAGUGACCUCCAUAACAUGCAAAACACAAAAUGAAUGCUUUUGGAAAACUUGAAUUAUCAGAGAUAAUAAAUGAAAAAUCUUCAGAAUCUUCAGAAGGCCGAUUUUUGAAAGUUUUUGAUAUUUGAGUGGAAGUUAAAAUUAUUUGAAUAAUUUUAUUUUUGUCUGCAUUACAGAAAUAAAUUCAGAAAUAAACAAAUGAAAAAGCAUGCUGAGCUUAUUGGUAAUAUCGCAAAACCAGUAGAGGUUUUUGCUAAAGUAUGUGGCUCUGCUGCACUAUCAUUACAAAUUUUAUAUUUGAUGACGCUGCUUUUUUGAUUACCAAAAACUAAACUUGAAUUAAGACAAAGCUAAAUAAUAUUGCUUUUUUUUUCAGUCGUAAGUGGGACUUUUUUUUUAAAGGGAACGUUAAGAAGCAUCAGCAAGAGCUACUGUAAGUUUAGCUUUAUGUGUGACAUUUUAUUGGUUUAAAGUGGUGGUUCAUAUUUUUGUAACUUAUUUAAGGGAAUUUAGAAGGUGAUUAUACUGUACUGCUGUGAUUAUACAUCAUGGAAAAAUUAUUUGUGGAACUUCAGAGAUCCCCACUGAACAGCCCCUUUCUUGUUUAGAAGGAGACUUGUAUUUAGGAAGGCGUGUAACUCAAGAUGGAGAUUUGGAAGCUCUGGAGGUCACGGGGGGACACUCGAUUCUGGAACGUAUUCGGUGUGUCCGCAAUAACAUUUCGUCUGCAGCUGGUUUGCAGAAUUGUUCCGAUUUUAUCCCAAUUUUAAUUUUCAUCUAGCUGGGUGUUAAAAUCCAUAGUUUCACAUGCUGUCUGUUGAUUCCAUGCAGCUUGUGUGUUCAGUCCAUGUAGGGUAAUGGUUAAAAAUAAUUAUUAUAAUAAGCGAAGCUUUGUAACCAUGGAUGACUUUCACAGAUUUGUGUUCUGUUUAUUUCAAACGCAAAAUUCCUGGUGAUUCGAGGGAAAUUUCUGAUGAAUCAUUUGACCGCUUGCCAAGAGGACAUUUUUUUGUGUGUUUUUAUUUCUGUUACAUAGUUUGGGGAAAAUCACGGAGGAUUACUCCUUGAGAAUCCAUUAAGACUUCUUGGACAAAGAUGGCUUUGUCAUGCUGUUUCAUGCUCAGGAGAGCCUUAAGAGCUCGAGUGAGAUGGGGAAAAAUUCCAUGUCAUUUUCCAAUUUCCAUACCGAAUAUCUAAUGCUCCUCUGCUCAUCCAAGGGCUUCUCUGAAUAAAUGAUGUCUAAAAAGAAAGUUUUA